AACUUUACUCCAGUUGAGUUCGAGAUUGCGUUCGCUGCAUGUGUUUCGUAACGACAUCGCGUCCCCCUUUGUUCUGUUAUAUUUAAACUUUUUGUGAAAAUGAAAGUAUUUCAAAUAUUUUUAUCAAUUAGAUUGUGAAUGGGCGAGGUCACCAUCUAUCGUUUGUACGAUUUACUCGAAAGUCAAGCGCGCAGACUCCGACUCGAUUGGGGCGCUGGAAUCAAAUAAAUCGCGUGUUAACAAACUUGAGAUUACGUCGCCAAGCUCCAGUCGCUAACUUGCAGAUGUACUUCCUUCCGUGGAUUAUGGUUAUCCAAUGACAAUAUGAGUGGAUAACGGUUGUGCAUAAAGAACACGCGAAGCCGCCGGCCUUUGCUUAUAUUUUUCUAGUGUGAGUUGUGGUCGGUGAGUCAUUACGGUGAGAUGUGAGCGGGCGAGGAAUGAUGGACGUGCAACUAAGUGAACAGACUAAGUGGCAUCGUGGAGGCUUCCUCUCCACACUUAACAGAAGUUUUCGUCUGGCCACAAAGUCUAAAAGCCUCACUAGUUCUCCCGUAGAGAAUAAAUCUAUUGAACAAAGUUUGGAUAUGACUACGGCGGGUUUAAAUGCCUCCAGUGAAACACCAAUAGCAUUACGACCGCUGGAGAUUGUUGCGCCUCGUAUUGACACGUACAGGUUUUCGAUGGCUAACUUGGAAGAAACUCAAGAUGCUGAUUUGGACGCUAUACUUGGAGAGCUUUGCGCACUUGAUUCAGAAUAUGACGAAGAAAUAUCCAGAGUAUCAUCAGAUUACUCUUCACAAGCAAAAGAAAGAAGUGGAGGUGAGAGUUCACAAAGGCAAGAGAAUAAAGAUGUUAGCGAUGGGGCAUCUACUAUCACCCGCACUGACUCCCCUGACAAUGAUUCUGCUUUUAGUGACACUGUAUCUAUGCUAUCCAGUGAAUCAUCAGCAUCUAGUAGUGCAAGUUCUAAAUGUAAACCUAUUAAAUUAAGUCUACUACCAAAUCAGAAGGAUGCGGUUUUUCAACAGAAAGCGGAUAAAAUCAAGCUCGCUUUGGAACGCAUGAGAGAAGCUAAUAUUAGAAAACUCUUCAUUAAGGCUUUUUCAAUGGAUGGCUCAUCAAAAAGUUUACUAAUUGAUGAGAAAAUGACAUGCGGCUAUGUGGCGCGUUUGCUGGCUGACAAAAAUCAUGUCACUAUGGAGCCGAAGUGGGCGAUAGUGGAGCACCUACCUGAUCUGCAUAUGGAACGGGUGUAUGAAGAUCACGAAAUGUUAGUCGACAAUCUGAUGCUAUGGACGAGGGAGUCCAAAAACAAAAUACUAUUUGCUGAGAGACCUGACAAGAUAUCACUUUUCCAAACACCAGAGAAGUUUCUUUUUACUGAAGAUGACAAAGGCUGGUCCAGUGAACAAGAUGAACAUACGCGUCAAGUGAUUAUAGAAGAAUUUUUCGGCCAAAGCGGAGCUUCUUCGAACAUCCCAUCCGUAUCAGGGCAUCCUGUACCACCCAUGGAAGGCCCUCUCUAUUUAAAAAGUGAUGCCAAAAAGGGAUGGAAGAAGUUUUACUUCGUACUACGACCAUCUGGACUGUACUAUUUACCGAAAGAUAAAGUGAAGACUUUGAAGGAAUUGGUGUGUUUGGCAACAUUCGACACUAACGAAGUGUAUUUAGGAUUGAACUGGAAGAAAAAAUACAAAUCUCCCACCGACUUCUGUUUCGCUAUAAAGCAUCCGCGGCUGCAACAGCCGAAAAGCGUCAAAUUCAUCAAGUUCCUUUGCGCCGAUGAUCAGAAAACUCUGGAGAGAUGGAUCACUGCUAUGCGAAUAGCUAAGCAUGGCAGACAACUCCUAGAGAAUCACCGCUCCCUCGUCGAGGAACUCACUCAAGAAGAUUUAGAUCACUUGGCGCAUGCGCGUUCAUGUUCUAUAACAUCGAUCCCUACAAAGACAAAUGGCACGAUGCCAAUGGGGGUCAACAACCCCGCGCAGUCUGCCUCUAGCAAUAUCAGUGCUGCCAACUCCGACAUCAGUAGUGGCAGACAUUCCCGCGCUUCAUCAUCAAGUUCCAGCGGAUGUCUGUCAGAUGGCGGCACUGCUUCCGAGAGCGCGUUUGACUGCGAGUUUCCUAUGGGUACAAUAAAACGAAAGCCCUCAAUGAAGCCAAAUAUACCGCUGACGUGGAUGACCCGACAGCUAAAGGAGAUGGUGGAGAACGAAGGCGAUACAGACACGGGUGACACGGGCACGCUCACGAGACGAACUCGACCGCGCGAUGACUCCACGCUAAAACGACACCAUUCCACCGCCACAGAAUCUUCAGACACCCCCAUCUAUAGUACCGGCAGCAUUACUUCAAGUAGUCCAGUUCGACACCAACCAACGUCGCCAACCUAUGGACAUUACGAGACUAUUACGCGAGAUCCUUACCGUAGCAGCAUAGAAACCGCCUCUUCCCUCUACGGCUACACUAUUUAUGACAAAACUCAACAGCAGCAAGAUAUAACAGCAGUAGAAGAUUUACCGCUCCCACCUCCACCGACAGACGAUGUUCCAGACGGAAUGUUCAGCUCCACUCUAAGCCUCGAUUCAUUACCGCCCCCACCACCUCCACUGGAUUCUAUAGAAGAUAUAAGUGGCUCUCAGCUUAGUCUUCCACCACCGCCUCCCGAACAUGCCAUGGAAGCCCAUUCCGGGAGGGUGCAGGAUAUCGUUAGUCAACUUACCGCCCAGCAAAUAGAACAGGCUGCGCGCGCAGGACAGAGAAAUAGUAAUCGCUUAUCUGAUUCGAGUCGGUCUUUUCCGCGUCAACCUUCACUAGAUAGUGUUCAUUCCGAGGCUUCAAAAACUUCAUCUCUUCAUUCAGAUAAAAGCAUUUAUGGAACACAGAAUGUAGCAUAUGGAGCUUGUCUAGUUGAAUUACAGACUAAGAAACUAAGCAAUGGCAGCCCAUCUGUACAAAAGAAAACAAUGGAUACAACAACUAAGGAACGAACUAGUUCCAUUAAGAAAGUAAAUUUCGCAGAUGAUUUACCAACAACUUCUGAAAAGAAAAAUAAGAAGAUCACAUUUAAUUUAACAGACGCGCCACCUUCUCCCCGGAAACCACCGCCACCCAAACGCAAUGAAAGUACCAGGUUAUCCUCACCAAAAAAACUUGCAGAUUCUAACAGCAAUCCACCCAAAGAAUUUUUAAAAGAUUUACAAAGAGUAAUGAGGAAAAAAUGGCAAGUAGCGCAGAAAUGCAAACUUGAACCAGCAACGACACCGCAUGAAGUUCUCGGCUUCAGAGAGUAUCCUCUAUCGGAUGAUUACAAAGAAACGAGUGUGUCAAUGUGGGUACAGGAACAUUAUGGAGGAGGUUCGGGCGUCGAGGAUCCGUUUUAUGAGAAUGUCUUCGGCCAGAAAGCUCCACCGAGACGUGAAGAGCCCAAGCCGAUAAAGAAACGUCCCCCACCGGCACCGCCGCGACGAAGUGACUCCACUCACUUGACCACUCACCCUGGACUACCCACAGCGACGCACUCGUCUCUGCCUGCGCAUCCUUCCACGGUACAGCCGACUGCUUGAGACCGUCUUAAUAUAUCGCUCGCUUUGUGCGGAUUCCCGUGCCGUUUGUGUUACGCCAGCAAUUCCAACGAAGCCUAAAGAUAAUAUCUUUAUGAGCGUUGUAGUGGUGUGAUGAACACAGUGAAGUUUUUGCGAGCGUUGUCGGUACAUUAUGCACUUUCUCAUGUUUAAUCAUCAUAUACGUCAGGAAUAAUGCGUUGUAGUAGCAGUGUAUUGUCCAUAAUUGCGUCAAUGUAGUGAUUUAAUGUAGUGAUGAAAGUUUAACCACUCUCUGAAUGAAGCCAAAUUGUGGUCCAUUUGUGUUUGAACAUUGAGAGUGGACGGUGGAGUAUUCUAGUUUCAUUAUUAUCUUAAAUUAACAAACUCUGUUUUUUGUAAUGAUUUGAAAUGUGACCAACGGAAAAAUAAAAAUGUUAGGUAAGUUUUGGGCAAGUUUGACGUUAUUGAAUGGCGGUGCUAUUAUGAAAUGGUAUAGUAAGGUAUGUAAACUUUUGCUGGUCCAAUUGUAACAAAAAAUAUGUACGAGAACUUGGUGAAUGGUCUCAAUGCACUGAUUUAUUAUUAAAAUUUAAUAAGUAAAACAAAACCUUAACUAUUAUUGUUUAUGGCAAAAUAUUAUAAAAUUUAUAGAAAAUUGAAUAUAUUUUAAAAUUAUUAUAUAUUAUUUAAAUAUUUAAUUAUUGGCGAUUUCCAAGAAAUGGUGCUAAUUAUAGAAGUGAGUUUAUUGUACCUAUUGUUACAAGUGGACUGUGCAAAACGUAUUUAUUAAAAUUAGUUGGGGUUUUGACAAUUUUUAUAUUAUGUUGCUAAUUUUAUUAAUGAGCAGCUCUCGGCAUAGACAACAGAGUUACCAGAUACAUAACAGAUGAAUCCAAAAUUAUUUUUCACAUAAAAGUAACGUAAUUUGGAAUUGCGAAUCUCAUAAUUUCCAUAUAUAUUUUUUUCUCAUUUUUAAUACGAAAAGAAAAUGUUUUUAUUUACGAAAAACUUAAUUGUAACUUUUAUUUUCCUCUGUGGCAACUCUGUAUUUUAGAUGAUAAAGAAACAUCCAAACAAUACACAACAUACUACCAUGAUAAAAAAUAUCUUAUGGAAUUAUGUAGGAUUUUAAAAGUUAUACUAUAAAAGGCACCUUCUGAAACCGGUUUCUAUAUUGUUUUCCCUUUUUACUAAAAUACAACAUACAUGCAUCGUAUUUAGAGAUUUAGUAUUCCUAAUUUGUGCCAUAGUUACUGUGUACUUUAAUGUUUAUAUUUAGAUAAUAACUUACAAUGUAAUUUGUUUAAUCGAAUCAUAUUUAUCCAUGAAAUUAAAUAUUUCGUUGGGGAUUUGUUUUGGACAAAAUUAUAUAUUUAAAUUAAAAAUUUGCAGCAUUUAGUGGUAAUAUUUUUUUUUGUAUUAUAAAAGAUUACUCACGACAAUGAGGGUAAUUUUAAAAUUAAAUUUGAACUCAUUUAAAACAUUCGCUAUAAUUGUAUGUAAAUACAAUUUGAAAGAAAUGUACGCAGAUUUUUUUUUACAUUAGCGAAUUAUCUGCGCUGGUUUGAAUUAUUUAUAAAAAUGAUCUCAUUCCUACGGCAUGCUUUUAUAGAUUUUUUUCACUGGGCUGUGAUAUUUUCCAAUUUGAUUGGACGCGUGCUGAUAUAUUUACCGCGGUCCAUUUAUAAAUGAUAUAACGAAAUAUCAAUGUAUUAAUAAUGUUCAUUUUUUUGUCAUUAAGAACACAUCGUGUCCUUUUACAACAAAAUUAAUAACCGUCCUCCAUGUCAACUUGGUGCAUCUUAUUUCAUAGCACAGGGAUUGUUUUUUAUACUUGGGAGAAAGUAUUUAAAGUAAAGCAGCGUCUUAAAAAAAAUGCACACGUUUGCAUUAGCAUGUUUUUUGUUCUCAACGUCUUUUUGUGACGAAAUUAUUUUCUAUUCGUAAAUCGAAAUGAUGGCCAAAUGAUUUAAAGUACGAAUACUAUGAUAAAAAUUAAGGUUAGGUAUAAACAAUAAUUUAGUAUCUUUAAAUAGUUAAAAAUAUAAUUUUCGUGAAAUCUUAAAUAAAAUCUUUUUUUUAGUAUUGGUUUUUAAUUCUUUGAAACAAUAAAAAAAUGGGUCUGUUGUACGAAUCUGACUGGACCAAACGUUACAACCUCUUGCCCAUAUGUGGGAUUGAAGGGUCACAAGUCUCGUAAGGGACCACACAAAAAACCUACGAAAUUUUCUCAUUACUGUAUACUUGGAAUCGUAAAUGAAUAAAAUAAAAGCUUUUAAAUUGCGCGCUAUCAAAAUUUGUAGUUGUUACAAUUUUGACGCGGUAUGAUGCGGAACUAAUUUCUAAUCAUGUUAUCUAUUUUUAAAUAAAUGCGUCUCAGCCGAGUAAUGCAUAGUACUGAUAAAAAUAAUGUAUAAUUGUAUUCAGUCCUAUUAGGUGACAUACAUUAUUAUAAUCUUAGUACGUUAAAUAAAACAGCGAGGUGUAAUUUCGCAGUGCGGAUUUAGCCUUUAUCCGGUCAAAUAACUCUUGUUAUUAUGAGUAUAAUUUAUUAAGAAUACAAGAUUGCGACAAAAUGAAAAAUCGUUAUGGCUUGAGAAGAUUUACGUUAGACAUUUGUAACUAGUUUACUUUCAGUAAUAAAUAAACACGAUACAGUUACGUCAUACUGUUAAUAAAAUUAUUGGCAUCGGGUUUUGAAUAUUAUCGUUGAAAGUAUUCAUAUUUUUUCUUUUCCCAUAUGAAUACGAAAAUUGUAUCUAAAUUGUAUCAGGCUGACUAAAUCAUAUACUAAAAUAGCAAAAUGUAUCUAGAAUAAUCAGUAUAUUUUUGCCAGUGUAUAAAUUAAGAGAGAAAAUAAGUUCAUUCGUAAUUAAUGAAAUGAUUGCAUCCUCAAGUAAUAUUUUAAGUAAAAGUCCAUCCAUACAAAUUAAUCAGCCCGUUAAGACUGAGAAAUCAUCAGACUUUGACAAUAAUAUUGCGUCCAGAAAAUAUUGCGACAAUUUUGGUAAAAUAAACUAACUUAUCCAUUAUACUUGCGAACAAGACUGUGUUGCUGUCACAGAAAUGAUGGAAAGUCUAAAAUCAAAGAAUCUAGCAUUAUUUUAUUUUUAUGUUUAUAAAUUAAACAACAUUUAUCUAGCACAUUAUUUUAAAAAUUAUCUACGCACUUGAUAUAAUAUUUAAAAAUCGUUUUUUUAAACGUUUUGAUACUGGUUUCGACUGCGGAAACAAAGGCUGUUGUAUCUACCAUUAUUGACGAAAAUUGGUUAUUUGUAUGCUAAGACAAAAAAUGUUUAAAUAAAAAACGUUAGUAACCAAAUGGUUCUUUCACCAUGCUAAUUAUUCAAUUGUUCAUUACACGAUCAAAUACAUUCCCAUUUGAUCUUAUAUAUUAUUGAUACAUAUUACAUCGAAAGUACUAUUCUAACUUUACUAAAAAUCAUCGACUAAUUCUAGGUAGCCGCCUUUGUUUACCUAGACUUUUUAUACUAGUUUGAUGCUUUACGUAUACUAUAUACGCAAAACAUCAAACAGCGAUUGCGAUUUAAUUAUUAUUACUUUCGUAACGAGUACAUUUUAAAUAUAUUUUCAAUAAAAUGUGCAUGGAAAGAUUUUGAAUAUGACAAUAUUAUAAACAAUCCGCUACACAACUGUCAUUCGACGCGUCCACAACUCGCGCAUCAUGUAACUUAAUCAACUUGAGCCACAGCCACACUUCGCUAAGCGUUAUUCGAUGAAUUGUUAUGCCGCAAGCUUAUUCAUCGCACUUUUGAUUGUCGCGUCAGCGGAAUGAUUUCGUACGCAUUGUACUUGUAAUCAAAUAUAAACGAAACUGUCAUGAUUACGCUUUAUACUCUAACUCAAUGAUUUAUGUUGCAAUAUUAUAAUACCUAGUAAAAGUGAUAUUAUAUAUCUCAUAUCUGUACAGGUGGAAACUGGAUCCUCUUCAACUGUAAUAGUUUAAGGUUUCAAUUUACUACCAUUUAAGAGAAUUAGGUACUGUGGCAACAAUAUUUUUUGUUAGGGUUUAGGUAAAAUGCUUAAAUAGGUAAAUGUUUGUGCACCGCCUCGGAGUGUUGUGUCGACUUUCAUGGAUGGUAUUCGUAUGAUAUGUACUAGACUUAGUAUUAACAACUUUUACUUACACUGAUGUAGGAAUAUAGAUGUGUUUUAUCGUCGAGGAGUAAAUCAUAAACAUCUUACUUUGUCUAUGGCUUGUCUAUUGUUUAAAGUGCUAUGAGGCAGAAGUAAGACAUGCGAUUUAAAAAUAAAAUUUGAUAAAUACGAAUAUUGAUCGUACUACCCUCAUCGGACCUUAAGUCCGAAACAGAAGUAAUCAAACCAGAAUAUACAAUAAAUAAUCCUUUACACUGUAUUCAUUUUGAUAGAAUUUGUACGAAGUAAAUAAAAAUAAUUAGAUAAUCUCACUCAAAGUAGAGUAAAAACUCAAAAGCAAACUAUUAUUUUAUAUGAAAAGUUUCCGUUAUUAAUAAGUAUAAAUUCUAUUAAAAUAUACUAUAGAAGUAUACUAAUAUCUAUCCUAAAGUUAAUUGGAAGAAUUAUGUUAACGUAAGAUACGGGUUACUUUUCUCAAUCUUUGGCAUCUAUUCUAUAAAUAUUUACGUUUGGGAAUGAUUUAAGUAAUCACUUGUAACGCAUUUACUAGUAUUUUUAAUUGUUUAAACUGUACAGAUGAAAAUAAUUAUAAUUAUACUUUGUAUAUUUUUUGAAAUAUACCGGAAAUGCUAAGUAAA